AUGAUCCCUGACCAGGUCCUACCCUUUGUGUGCCUUCCUCACUUCCAGAGAUUCGAGUCCUGUCUUUCCUCUUCAAGCCUUUUUUCUGUUGAUGACCAGAUUCGACAAAUCUUUCCCCUGCCUUCCAACAAAAUGCCAUCUGGAGUAGCGCAACGACCCUUAGCCGUGGCCCAGGCGCCAUUGCCUGAUGUUUUGGUGGGAAACCACCACACCAAAAGCUCCGCCCUCCACAACAUCCACUUUGUUGGGACGAUUAGUCCUUGGACGAAUUUCGAAAAUGACGUCCACUCUUUUUGUGCUGGAAUAAAUUGGGCUCAAUAUACCCAUGUCUUGACGUACAAGGGCAAGACAUCAAAGCCCUGGAAUCUCGACCAGGACCAGACGGACACAGGAGACGAGGCCGCCCUUCAGGGCAAAUUCAGAGCACACCUCGGAGAGCCUGUCACGGCAAUCUGCACCGUGACGGGCAGACAUGCCCAGGUCACCGACUUCAGGGCGACCGACGUCGUGCCAAUCGACAGGUCGACGCCAGACCUUGCCAUCAAAGUCGGAGAUACCUUGGCGGGAGUAGGGAAGGCGAAGGUCUUUUGGGUGAGGGAUCACCAUCUGGGUCAUGCUUCGGGGAAAAUUUUACACCUCAGACACGUGCUUGGCCAAAUUGCACUUUAUAUGAAAAUUUAUAAAGUGAAGUGCGGCUUCCACACGACCUACAAGGAAACAAUUUUCUUGAAGCAGGAGAGGACAUCGUCCGGUUGGGUUCUGUACUAUUCAGACCCAAUUCAGCAUGAUGCAAUUGGUGAUCGAUCAAACGGCACCGUUUCCCUCCGAGAGUGUUUCUUGUACCUUGUUGACGAAGCCAUUAAGAGCCCCGUCGCAGACAACAACGAGCUGCAAUGGGUUUCACCUGACCGUCAUUGA